AUGUCCACUCGCAAGAGAAAGAACGACCCCGAGGAGGAGCUUCAGGCCCUUCCUAGUGACGAAAGCGAAGAGGAAGAGGAGUAUGAAGACUCGGAGGUAGGAAGUGACGUCGGCGACGAAGAAGGCGGAGAAGAAGAAGAGGAGGAGGAAGAAGAUUACUCUGAUGAGGACGAAGACGAGGAAGAAGGCAAAGACGAAGGUCCUCCAGCCGCCAAGAAGCAAAAGACUAAGCCCGCUGCCGAGGAGAAAGUCGCCAAUGGUGAUAAGGAAGACGAGGAAGACAAGGAAGGCGAGGAUGAGGAUGAAGGAGAAGAAGAGGUAGAUGAAGAGGAAAAAGAAGAGGCGGAUGAUACGGCGAAGACUAGUGGGCCUGCUGCAGCUGCAGCUAAGGCCAAGGGCGAUGUUGUUCCUAAGGAAGCGAGUUUGGAUGAGGUUGAUGAAGUUGAGGAAUAA